AUGUUAAUUAAACUCGCAUUCCCGCUACAACAUACGUCGUACCCUGAUGUCGACAUGCUGAGGUGUAAAGAGCUUAAUAAUUUUGCAACGGAAUGCGUUUUACCUCGACGCCUGAAGCGCAGUUUGCCACCGUUGCCAGAGGACAAGGAAUGCAGUAGCAUGGAGCUCAAGAAGUGCAGCAAAACAUUUCAAAGGAAAAGGCGGCAAAGGAGACAAUGUUUGAGUCUACCUGCCUUACCUGAGUACGACGAGUGUUAA